AUUUCAAAACAUGAUCAAUGAUCAUCGAAGAAAGAACAAAAUAAAGCUUAUCUAGACGGUAUGGCUGAGUUAGUCGGCGAAGAUGGGCGAAAUUUUCCAAGAAAACCCAUUGGCGAGCGACGGCCACCUUUAGGAGCAGCUUCAAAUGAAGUGACACAGGAAUCUAGUGAACGGCCUUCUAGGUCAGAUUCAGAACUGUUGAAGAAACUUGAAGCGGAGCAUGAACAAUUAAAUUCUUCCCUGUUGGCGUUAACGACCCAUUUUGCACAGGUUCAGUUCCGGCUAAAGCAAGUUGUUGCAGCCCCAAAGCCGGAGCAAGAGAACUUGCUGCAAAGUUUGGAGAAGUUUGCAUUUGAAGGAAUUCCUGACGUGGAUGGAGCCAAACCGUCUGUGACAAAACACAAGAGAAAAGCUUCUGUCAAAGGAUAUGAAAAGAGACUUCAGGAACAAAAACAAAAGCAAGAAAAAUUAAUAACGCAAUUGAGAAAACAGUUGGAAGAAAUGGAGGCUGCAGUUGUUAAGGGUGCAAGCGAUACAACAGAUAGUCCUCAGAAGUUAAUUGAAAAACAAAAAUUACUUUUAGCACAACUAAGUUUACAAGAAAGAGAAGCAAGCUCUAGCCGAAGAAACAAGGAAGAUGUUAUAAAUGAUAAAAUCCCUAAGGAACAAGUUAUUCAACAGAUUACAAAACAGAUCAUGGAUCUUGAAAAGUUUAUAAAGCUUCUGCAAGGUGAAACGGGUAUGAAUUCAAAAAGAUGUUCAAAGUGUACAAACUGUUCAUGUGAUCACGACCAGGGGGGUGAGACUUCAUCGUCAUCGUCAUCCCGUAUUGCAGAAAAACAGAAGAAAAAGAAAAAGGCUAAUUUGCAAACUGCCUUAAAGCAAUCACCCUUAUUGAACACUCGCAAGGCACAGCCGCCAAAGUCGAGAGUGGAAAGGGAGGAGCCCUGGAAUGAGAGCCUGGGCGUGAACUACACCGUUGAUAACUUUGGUAUCAUUGAUGACAGUGACUCGGGAAACGACGUCGCCUGCUGUAUCUUGCCUAAGCACGCGCAUGUGCCCGGCCAGGCUUUGCCGCACGAGGAAUCUCCGGAAACUGGGGAGAGCAACCAGCGGAUUAAAGAAGCAAGUUUGGAGAUCAUCAAAAGAGCGUUAGCUAUUUUACAAAUAUUUGCAAUAAGUCAAUUCGGAUGUGCUGGUCAACAUCUUCAAGAUCAACUAAUUCAUAAGGCAAUGCAGACCGCUGUUCCGCCCUAUGAAAAUUUAAUACGAAGUCUGCGGACAUCAGUAGAAAAUGUGCUGACGCAGCAAGCUAAAGUAUUAGAGGAGAUUGGUAUCUAUCCCCGUGGGAUGAACUCUGGGACAAUGUCCAGGACAUCCCGAAGUGGUUCCAUUAGUUCCUUAGUAUCCACGAUGUCCUCUGUCGGUGACGGCUCUGGUGAAUUUACCCAGACUGAGGCGGAGUUGAUUCGCUCCAUAAGAAGGGAAUUUUCAAACUGUCUCAGAGAUCUGUUUGAACAUGGUCUGGAACGCAACCCAGACUACUCCUUAAUUUCAGCCCGAAGUCUCGUCAACUGCAUUAUGCCCGCCGGGACAUCACCACAGCAACAAAACAUGCACGCAUGGGAUAUUUUCAUGGCAUUUUAUCAUUUGAAGCAUGGUAGCGAAUAUAAUUCAGCAGUUCCGCGCAAAUUGUCUGAGUCGUUUGGCAUUGAUGUUUCUGGUGCGUCGGCCGUGACUUCUAAGCAGACGUUAUUAAGGACGAUUCAUUUUAUCAAAUCAACACAUGAACGAUGUAAAAGAAGUAAAGAAUCUAUGUUUCGAGGUUUAGUUUCAGCUGGUCUGAAUCAAAAGAAAUUGUCCUUAUGGUGUCGGCAGAUAGUGAAAUGUGGUAGUUUAGUUGACGAAUUUUAUCAACCAUGGUCGUGUGUCGUAAAAACCGGAUUUGAAGAUGUCCUGGACAUUAUAGAAAGACUAACUCCGCUAGACUUCUGUCUGCCCGAAGACCUAGCAAUUAGACACUUAACCAGAGCGAAUGAGGCGUUUGGUGAUAACUAUUGAUGUAUGUUACAGUAUAUUCAAAGCAGGAGAUAUUUAUGUUCGAGAAGUCGCACAAAUUCGUCCAUUAACAAGACUUUGGGGUCUGUGAUAUCAGCAAGGCGUGGGCGGCUGGCUAUGCUGAAAAAGUACUGUAAAAUAAUUGCUAACGGUUAGCACAAAGAAUGGGUGCAUUAUUCAAGAUGGCGUCGCGAUGCCGACGUCAUUUAAAACACACAAAUUUCCUCUGACAAAUUUCGAAGUGGUUCAAUUUCACAAUCGCGGAUAAUUUUUUCUCAAGUGGCUUGGCUUCGACUUGGGGCAACAACAGGACAUUGGAACCACGGCAGUUAGAAAGAAAUUAGAAAUACCAAGCUAUUUUCCUGACAAGCGUUCCAAAAAUAUAGUGUUGAAUGAAAACUUUCACCCUUCAUCUAACGUGCUAAUAACGAAAUUUAACAGUUUAACAAAGACGCGUUUCAAUAAUCCCAUAUUUUAUUCCAAAUCAAAUCUUACUUGAACAAGAGGAAAUUUAAGAUAGACUUUUGAUUUGCAAUCGACUGUAUAAUA